GUUAGGAACAAUUCGAGUAAGUUUAGAUUUAUAACAUAGUAUUAUUCCAAUUCCAAUGCUUUUCACUUGUACCACACACCCUAAAGUUAAUUAAGUUUAUUUAAAUAUAGAUAAUGAUCGAGAAACGUUCACACAUCCUGUGAGUUUUGUUAGUUGUUAUAAUGUUCUACGUUUGGUUAAUUUUAUUCGUAUUAAUAUUAUUGGGAGUGUAUCAUAGGUGCACCAUUUCGAUAUGUCAAUCAAACAAAAGACUGGAUGGAAGGACAGCCAUUGUCACUGGAGGUACGUCAGGUAUAGGAUUUGAGAUUGCAACAGAUUUCGCAAAACGAGGCGCUCGAGUAAUAAUCGCUGGUCGAAUCGAAAAGAAAGGUUCGGAAGUAUGCAACCAUAUUAUUAAGAAAACAGCAAAUAAAGAAGUAAUGUUCAAACAGCUUGAUUUAUCUUCUAUACAGUCCGUUAGAAAAUUUGUAGAAGACAUAAUCAAAAGUAAAGAAAAAUUACAUAUAUUGGUGAACAACGCUGGAGUUUGUAUGGGCGAAGAGUAUAUCACAGAGGACGGUAUGAGUUUUACUAUGCAGACUAAUUAUUUUGGGCAUUUCCUGCUUACAUUAUUGCUAGUACCCCUGUUGAAAAACUCUGGAAAAAUCUCAGAACCUUCUCGUAUUGUAAACGUAACAUCCCAAGCACAUUUUAAAGGGAAAAUUUAUUUUAGAAAGAUGAAUGAUAUAAAAUAUUGGACAUCUUUUCAAAAUUAUGCAAAUAGUAAACUUUGCUUGACACUAUUCACUCGGGAGUUAACCAAGAAGUUGAAAAGGUCAAACGUAGUGGUUAAUAAUGCUGAUCCGGGAUAUGUAGCUACAUAUAUUAUUAAGGUUAACAACCCAAUACUUAAGGUUAUACAAUACUUACUAGUUCAAGUUACGCAAGUCUUCGUUUUAAAAAGUGCUCGGGUCGGGGCUCAGACUGCUAUUCAUGUGGCGUUAGAUGACGACGCUGGAGCAGUGAGUGGAGAGAUGUUUUACAACUGCAAGCUGUCUAAAGCUGCAGCGAUGGCUUAUGAUGAAGACCUGGCGCAAAAAUUAUGGGAAGAAUCAAUAAAACUUGUUAAAUUGGAAAGAGAAGAAGUUAUUAAAGUGUAAAAAAAGGGUUCACUUAUUUUGUCGGUAGAUAGUUCGAUCUGAUUCACGAAAUAUUAAAUUAUGUAAUAAGAAAUGA